CCGGCGCGGCGGGCGCGGCGCCCGAGCCGCACGUUUUCUGCGCCCAGGGUUUGGGCCCCAGGGCCGUCCGUCCCAGCCCGGGUUCGGGCCUUUCCGGUCCGGCGGAAGCAGACGAGGCUCCAGGCCUCGUGCCGCUCCGGACAGCGGACGUCGUCUCUCAGAAAACAAGCUCCUGCGUCCACGCGCGGAGGACGCCUUCGAGAACGAUGUUGCAGUGCUCCCCCGGAAGGUGUCGAUGACCAUGAAGUGUUCGACUGUGGCACUAGUCCUGGCCCUGGUGCAGCUGGCGACUGGAGUGGGCCUCACGGCGCUGUCUAUCCACACCAUGCUCAAGCUGCGCUCACUCACCACCAGGGACUGUCCCCUGUGGGCCGCAGCACCAUUGCUGUCUUCGGGCAUCGUGGCCAUCAUCACGGUGUACAGCAACAGUCACUACAAGAGUCAGUCGAACCGAAAGCCCAUAUUUGUGCUUAAGGCCGUGAGCUUCGCCCUGAGCAGCCUGAGCGGGAUCCUGUGCUUCGUGGCCGCCUCGUUCCUGGUGCUGCACGUGCUGCUGUACAUCGACCGGUACUCGGACUGCCACGACCAGGGCCAGCACUGCCUGUGCACGAUGAACGACAGCAGGCUGUACCGCUACGCCGGAGUCAACUGUGCCCAGGUCCGUGGGACAGUAAAGGGCCUGUUCUACGUGACGGCGUCCGUGUCUGCAGUGGGAGGCCUGGCCAGCGUCUGGCUCCUGGCGCUGCUCUGGAGCAGCCGCUACGUCUACUUUCAAGCGGGGCUUAGGCCACCUGGCCCCAACGAGGCCAACAGGGACGCAGCGGCAGACGUCUACGAACAGUACUCGGCGAACCCGGAGCCCAGCUAAGGCCAGAGCGUCUCAGCUGAAAAACUGCAGUUCUUCAACCAGCCGAAGAACUUCAAGAGCCCAGCUAGGGCUAGUGCGCCCCACUGAAGAACGGAAGUGUUGCAGUAAUUCAGCCCGCUGAAGAACUACAGGAGCCCGGCUGGGCUAAUGUGUCCCCUCUGAAGAAAAAAAAAACUGCAGUUUUUCGGAGGAGCCCAGCUAGAGCGAGUGCGUCCUUGCUGAAGAACCGAACUCCGCGAAGCAUACGUGAGGGACUGUCAGGCUUCGAGUCAUCAUCACCCCAUCGCCUGAAACGGCAAAGCGGAAGCAAGCAAAACAUGAAGACGAAGUUCAAUUGCAUCAAUAGUGAAAGAUGGGCUAGUUAGUACAUCGUUCAUUUCAACAAAAGCGCCUCAACACAAGGACAUAAAAUCACAGCACAAGAGUUCAAUUCUUUGUACAGGGCUUGCACGUGACGCCGUCGUAUCAUGAUGGUGGUCAUUCCUGCUUGUUCAUGUUUUCAGUUUUGUUUUCGGUAUUGCGAAACGUAUCUUGCAGAAGGUACGCUCAACAACAAGGCCAUCAAUAUCGCAGCUGAUGUGACGUUAAUGCAAUUCUGUAUACUUAAUUUGAUCGUGACGUCAUUUGCCAUGCUAAUGGUCAUUCCUACUUCAGUAUGAUGAAGGUGCGCACGCAACAGAAAGGCCGCCACAGUGGCCGAUGGUAUGAUGUCAAUGCAUCUAUGUAUAAGUGCUUCUACAGAACCGUUCUUCAGCCUUCUAAAAGUCAAAGUUCUCACCAAAAUCGCUUUUGUUUCAAUUCAAGGAAGCUUCUGCGCUGUGCAAGACGGUGUUUGUGAUGCGAGCCAGCCUGGCAAGCCCAUAGCCUUCGCGGAAUAAGCUUGAACCAACAGCCGUCCAAAACCUGAGGACACUUCAGACUCGCUUUGGAUUUGGUGCCUUCGCGGGAAAUCGUGUCACAAUUUUUUGUAAAUUUUAUAUUAAAAUUACUUUUGCUUACA